AUGUCCAUCGACACCACCAGCACCCGCGUAGGGCAGCCGGAAAAAUCCACAUCCACCCUCGAAUCCAAGCCCCUCUCUUCCUACACCCUCAAGAAGCGGUUAUGGCGACCCUAUGUCACCCCCUUUGAGGAAAUCAUUGCCAAAAAGUGCCAGGGGCAGGGCACAGCGGAAGACCCUUAUAUCGUCGACUGGCUCCCGAACGAUAAGGAAGACCCGCAGAACUGGCCGAGCGCGUACAAGUGGACCACUAUCUUUGUUGUUAGCUGGAUGACCCUAGCCGUUGCCCUCAGUUCCUCAGCCUACUCUGGUGGUAUCGCCGAUAUCAUGAUGGACUUUGGAGCCAGUCGUGAGCUCGUCAUUGCCGGUAUCGCCCUAUUCGUCGUCGGUUUCGCUUUCGGUCCUCUCUUCUGGGCGCCCCUUUCCGAAAUAUUUGGUCGUCGAAUCGUCUACAUCAUCUCUUACGCCUUCCUCACCCUCUGGACUGGUGCCGCUGCCGGCGCCAAGAACAUUGGUCAGCUCCUCGUAUUCCGAUUCCUCGCCGGUCUCUUUGGCUCUUCCCCUCUUGCCAACGCCGGGGGUACCAUCACCGACGUCCUGAACGCCAACCAGCGAGGUCUCGGUAUGGCCUUCUUCUCUGCCGCCCCCUUCCUCGGUCCUUCCCUCGGUCCCAUCACUGGUGGUUUCCUCGGCUUGACCCAGGGCUGGCGAUGGAUCGAAGGAUUCCUCUGUAUCUUCUGUGGUGUCCUCUUCAUCGUCGGCAUCCUCUUCUGCUCCGAGACCUAUGCGCCCAUGCUCCUCCGUAGGCGCGCCCAGCUCCUCAGCAAGGUCACCGGCAAGGUCUACAGGUUCAGGGGCGAUGCCAAGAAGCCGCUCGAGAUUGGAAGCAUGUUCAAGAUGAGCUUGAUCCGUCCUUGGAAAUUCUUGUUCCUCGAGCCCAUCGUCACCAUCCUCUCUAUCUACACUGCCCUCAUCUACGGUAUCCUCUACCUCUUCUUUGCCGCCUACCCCAUCAUCUUCCAAUCCGGCCACGGGUGGAACACGGGUAUCGGCGGUCUUGCCUUCGUCGGUGUCCUUAUUGGUACCAUCCUCUCUGUCCUCCUCUCCAUCUACGUGUCCAACCCGCAAUACGUCAGGAUUGCCAAGAAGAAGGGCGGUAGGGCCGACCCCGAGGACCGAUUGCCUCCUGCCAUGUGGGGUGGUGCUCUGAUCGUCAUCGGUCUUGCCGGUACCGCCGCCACCGACGGUCCCAACGUCCACUGGGUCGCACCCAUCAUCUUUGGUGUGCCUUUCGGCUGCGGUAUCAUUGUCGUCUUCCUCUCCAUCCUCGGCUACCUCGUCGACUCUUACACCAUCUACGCCGCCUCCGUCCUCGCUGCCAACUCUGUCCUUCGAUCUCUGUUUGGUGCCGCCUUCCCCCUCUUUACGGUCCAGAUGUUUGACAAGAUGGGUGUGCACUGGGGUGUCGCCCUCCCCGGGUUCUUGUCCCUCGCGUGUAUCCCCGCCACAUACGUCUUUUACAAGUACGGCGCCCAAAUCCGCGCCAAGUGCAAGUACUCUGCCGACGCCGAAAAGCAAAUGGCCAUGAUCAUGGCUGCGCGUAUGGCCCAGGCCAAGCAGGAAGACGAAGAAGCCCGGGCGGAGGGUAAGGAGGUCGUUUACCAACCGGCGCAGGGUGAUGGGGUGGAUACGCAGCCGACCGAGCAGGAAGGCGGUCUUGGGAGGAUUUCGUCUAGGGCGGGCGAGUAUGCGCCCAGGGCGAGCUUUAGUGGGACCAGACCUGUUUCGGUACCCAACCCUGAAAACCCCACUUCCACCAUCGUCGGAUCCACCUCUGCCACCGCCACUGGCGCUACCGGGGCACCUUCUACGGGCGCACCCCUGAGCAGGGUGGCGACGCACCAGCACCACGAUUGGACGACGUAUGAAGCGUUGGCGGGGAGGGAUGAGAAUGAUUUGGAGGAUGAGGAGAGGGUGAGGUUGGGCGAGUUGCAUGAGCAGUUUGAUGGACGGCUUAAAAAGUAG